UUCCUCCUCCUUCCACUCACCUUCCAAUUGGCAAUUCUCCCCACUUUCAUCUCUCCCUCUCCUUCUAUGUACAUCAAGUACCAUGUACCCAAAUGUUGUAUAAAUUCUUCGCAAACCCUCCAUUUUUUCUUAACACCCUCUUCUCUCUCUCUCAAUUUCUCCAUUCUUCCGCAUACAAAAUUUCCUUGAACCCCAUUUCAUAGCAAUACCCUUCUGUCUCUCCCUCUCCCCCCUUAAACAAAGUUCUCUAAAACCCUUGAUCUUUAAUAGCAGAAACAGCAAAACUCCAUCUCCCUUCCCCUCUCACUCUUUGAAAUCACAGAGAUGGAAUCAUCAUCAUCAUCAUCAUCAUCUGCCCUCACAAUCUCUCCUAGAAAGCUGAGGACCGAUCUCUACUCCUACUCAUACCAAGAAGAUUCAAACACCCCACUAGUCAUCUCAGUCCUGGCUUCCCUGAUCGAGAGAACAAUGGCCAGAAACGAAAGAAUCGCAAAGAACAGCCCGAGGGGUCUGUCCAGAUACCUGAGAACCGGGGUGUUUGAUUGCCAUGAGACUCCAGACAUGACCAUCCAAUCAUAUCUAGAGAGAAUCUUCAGGUAUACCAGAGCUGGACCAUCUGUAUACGUGGUCGCCUACGUCUACAUCGAUCGCUUUUGCCAGAUCAAUCCCGGGUUCCGCAUCAGCGCCAGCAAUGUACACGGACUUCUCAUCACCACAAUCAUGGUCGCCUCCAAGUACGUCGAAGACAUGAAUUACAGAAAUUCGUACUACGCAAGAGUGGGAGGAUUAACCACCAACGAAAUGAACGAAUUAGAGGUGGAGUUCCUAUUCCUAAUGGGCUUCAAACUGCAUGUGAAUGUGAGUGUCUUCGAGAGCUACUGCAGCCAUUUAGAGAGGGAAGUGAGCAUUGGAGGAGGAUACCACAUAGAGAAGACUCUCAGAUGCGCCGAAGAAAUCAAAUCACGACAGAUUGUAGAAAGGAGAUACAAUCGGAUUGCCAGGGUCACUUUGUAAAUUAAAUUACCACUUUUUUUUUCUUUUUCUUUUUUUUUUGUGGGUAUUUUUGGGUCUAAUAUUUGGUCAAAAGGGUUACUUAAUUAUAAUGUAUAGAAGAAUGUAUGGUUAUGUUUUAGUUUUUCUUCCUUGAUUUAGUGCUUCCAGUAGGGGCGUGAAGAGUGAUGUAUAAAUAUGCUAUUCCGCUAUGAGAGUGCUUUGAUUUUGCUG